AUGGCGUCAGCACUACAGACAAGUGCGCAGAUGAAGACCAUUGGCGUCAUAGGCGGCAGCACACACGUUGCAACAGCGGAGUACUACAACGUGAUCACCAAAUACAUCAACGAGCAUCUGGGCGGCUACCACACCGGGAAGAUCAUCAUCAACUCGAUGGACCUGGCCGCAAGUGAAUAUUUUGUCCGGCACGACGAGUGGGAACAGGGGGGCCUCCAUCUCCGCAGCAUCGUCUCGAGCUUGGAGCGAGCGGGCGCAGAUUUCAUCAUCUGCGUGUCAAACACCUGGCACCGAUGCGCCGAAUCCUUCAUGUCGGGCGCCAACAUCCCCCUCCUACACAUCGCAGAUGCCACAGCCCAGGCCAUCAAGGCCAAAAGUCUGAAGCGCGUAGCUCUUCUGGGCACCAAGGCCACGAUGUCAGGCCCAUAUCUCCGCGACAUCUUCACCCACAAGCACGGGCUGGAGAUCCUGACGCCCACGCCCGAGGAGCAGCAGGAGAUCGACAGGGUCAUCUUUGAUGAACUGUCGAAGCCGGUCUUCCUGGAGGAGUCCCGCCAGUAUUAUCUCAAGGUGAUCGACGAUCUACAACACCGUGGCGCAGAGGGUGUGAUAUUGGGAUGUACGGAGAUUCCGUUGCUGGUCAAGCAGGAGCACCGACCAGACCUACCUUUGUUUGAUACGCUGGUCUUGCAUGGAGAGGCCGCGGCACGUGAAGCGGUUGCGGGGAUUGAAGUUCGUCCCAAAUGA